UCCGGGUCGCGGUCAUUUUGCUCCCGUAUCUGGGCGACUCCAGGACGGCGGGUCGCCGUCCGCCCCCUCCCUUAGACCGCGGCCCCGUGCGUUCUCCUCCCUCCCUGCCACCCCGCGUCCCCGUCUGGGCCUUCUGCCCUUGGUCGCCUGGGCUCGCCGCGCCGUCGCCUGCCGCUGUCGUCGGGAGGUGGGAGAGAUGAAUGGGAGGGCUGACUUUCGAGAGCCGAAUGCAGAAGUUCCAAGACCAAUUCCCCACAUAGGGGCUGAUUACAUUCCAACAGAGGAAGAGAGGAGAGUCUUCGCCGAAUGCAAUGAUGAGAGCUUCUGGUUCAGAUCUGUUCCUUUGGCUGCAACAAGUAUGCUGAUUACUCAAGGAUUAAUUAGUAAAGGAAUACUUUCAAGUCAUCCCAAAUAUGGUUCCAUCCCUAAACUUAUAUUUGCUUGUAUCAUGGGAUACUUUGCUGGAAAGCUUUCUUACGUGAAGACUUGCCAAGAGAAAUUCAAGAAUCUGGAAAACUCCCCCCUUGGAGAAGCCUUGCGGUCAGGACAGGCACGACGAACCUCGCCACCUGGGCACUAUUCUCAGAAGUCAAGAUAUGACUCCACUGUGAGUGGUCAGUCAUCUUUUGGGACAUCCCCAGCAGCAGACAGCAUGGAGAGAGAGCUACUCCCGCACUAUGAGCCAAUUCCAUUCAGUGCUUCUGUGAAUGAGUCUGCUCCCACGGGUAUUAGUGAUCAUGUUGCCCAAGGACCUGAUCCCAACCUUGAAGAAAGCCCUAAAAGAAAAAAUAUUACAUAUGAGGAAUUAAGGAAUAAGAACAGAGAGUCAUAUGAAGUAACUUUAACACAAAAGACUGACCCCUCAGUCAGGCCUAUGCAGGAAAGAGUGCCCAAAAAAGAAGUCAAAGUAAACAAAUACGGAGAUACUUGGGAUGAGUGAAACAUUCCAUCCUUGGACCUGCUGGAGGAGGGUUAGUGGCCAGCUCCAUCCGGGUGGUCCUGAGUUCCUGCAUGCCCUGAGCUCUGCAGUCUUCAUAAACACAUUUACAACAAGAUCCUGGGCUUUUGUGGUUUGAUUUACGAUGCUGUAAAAAACAGAGGUUUUAGUGUUAAUAUUGUGUAAAUGUCCUCACCUGGGGAGGAGUGAUGUGAAUGGUGGUUUUAUACCACAAUCAUAUAGUCUGUGAAAUUGUUUAAAGUUACAGGGCAGAGAUGCUCUUACACAACUGUCGAGAGAUUGUAAUGCUCCAGAAUCAACAUAUGUGAACAUUACUGCUAUCUGCAUGUUGAAUUGGGGUGGGGGGGAGCAAGCAUCAUUAUAAGUGUUACGCUUUACACCAAAAAAUUAUUAAAAGCCUUUAUUCAGUAUUUGCUGUAUUACCUUAAUAUUUGUGGCAAAUAAAAUGUAAAGGAACAUGGAUGUUA